AUGCCAAAGCUUAUUCUUGUUAGACACGGACAAUCCGAAUGGAACGAAAAGAACCUCUUCACUGGUUGGGUUGACGUUACUCUUUCUGCUGUCGGAGAGAAGGAAGCCGCAAGAGCUGGAGAGUUGCUCAAGGAGUCUGGAUUGAAGCCAGACAUCCUUUUCACAUCUAAGUUGACCAGAGCCAUCCAAACCGCCAACAUUGCUUUGGACAAGGCUGGAAGAUUGUUCAUCCCUGUCGUGAGAUCGUGGAGAUUGAACGAGAGACACUACGGUGCUCUCCAAGGUAAGGACAAGGCUGCCACUUUGGCUCAGUACGGUCCAGAACAAUUCCAGACCUGGAGAAGAUCUUACGAUGUCCCACCUCCACCAAUUGAGGACUCCUCCGAGUUCUCGCAAGCCGGUGACGAGAGAUAUAAAGACGUUGACCCUAGCGUUUUGCCAAAGACCGAGUCUCUGGCUCUGGUCAUCGACAGAUUGCUUCCAUACUGGCAAGACACCAUUGCCAAGGAGCUGCUUGCUGGUAAGACUGUCAUCAUUGCUGCUCACGGUAACUCCCUGAGAGCUUUGGUCAAGCACUUGGACAACAUCUCUGACGAUGAUAUUGCCGGUUUGAACAUCCCAACUGGUAUUCCUUUGGUCUACGAGCUUGACGAACACCUCAAGCCAACCAAGCCUUCAUACUACUUGGAUCCUGAGGCUGCAGCUGCAGGUGCUGCUGCCGUUGCCGCUCAAGGCCAGAAGAAAUGA